AUGAUGUAAGGAGUAAUUUUGCUACGUCUAAUAUAAUUACAUUUUAACAUUAGAAUUUAAAUUAUGUGACCAAUUACUGUAGUUGAGGAAACAAUUGGGCAAGAAGUGGAAUGCAUUUUCAAAAGUAGAAAAAGAAAAUUUCAUGGCAAAGUCCAAAGAAAGUUCAAAACAAUAUUCACUUCAAAAGGGUGUGGUUCCAAAGUUAUAUCUUCAGACUCGAUGCUCCCCCGAGCGAGUUAUUAGAGUGAUUGAAAAUUUAGAACCAAAGCAAAAGGCAGCCAUAGAAGAAAUAGGAUUUGGUAGCCUCUUGCAACUUCGAUGUAGGAAAAUAGAUCAUGGGUUAUGUCUUUGGUUGAUAAAUAGUUUUAAUCCGAACACUUAUAUGUUACAGUUGUAUAAUACUUGUAUCAAAUUAUCCCCCAUUGAUGUUGAAUUUAUUAUGGGAUUGAGGGCAAGAGGGUUAAAGAUUGGCAUGAACAAAGAUGUUGGUCAUAAGAAUGAUUUAUGUAAAAAAUAUUGUGAUAAAAAAGGGCGAUUGCCAUUAGUGAUGUUAGAAAAUCAAAUUAGGGAGGAUAAAGAGGGUGGAAACGAUUUUAAAGUUCGUUUUGUAUUAUUUGUGUUGGGUGCAUUAUUGUGCCCAACAAUGAAGCUUUUUGUGAAUCGCUCUUUCUUACAUAUUGUGGAAGACAUCGAUUCAAUAAAGAAAAUGAAUUGGGCAGAAUUUGUGUUGUCCUAUCUUGUGCACGGGAUUGAAGAGUUUAAGAAGAAACAACAAAGUGGGGUUUGCGGUUGCUUAUUGUUUUUAAUGUUAUUCUACCACGAGCAUAUAUCCUUUGAAGAGAAAUUCUUACCGCUAUAUACUCGACCUUCUCCUCGGAUUACUGCUUGGGGAGAUGAUGAAGUCUUGGACAGGAAACGAAGAUUGAAAAAACUUGGUGGAUAUGCAAAUGAGGAUCUCAAAAUAUGGGUGAUAGAAAAUGAGAUAAGGGAUUGCGUUGAUGGAAAUGCAAUGACAAUGGCGAGUGAGAAUGAGGACGAUGAGAAAUUUGUAUCCAAUCUAAACAAAGAUGUUAUUAAACGAGUUGAUGGUGGGAAGUUAAUGGAGAUGGAUAAAACCUUUCAACAAUUAAAGACACAUCUACUUGAUAUGGCUUAUGGUGCAAGUAGUAGUAGUUGUGAUAAAAUUUUGGCUAAAUUUGAGGAGAAUUAUACUCAAGUGAAAGGUCUCUUCCUUAGGUCAAGCGGAAAACCUUUGAGAAUGCACGAGGAAGGAACGAAGAAUGACAUGCUCUCAUGCGAGAGAAGUUUGGAAGAUACGAACAAUAUGAAUGUGAAUGAACAUUAUCUUCACACUUUGUCAAAUGAGAAGUUAUGCACCGAGGACUUUAAUGAAAAGAAUGAAGAUGCAUGUGCUACAUCAAUUGAAGUGCAUAUCAUUCUAGACGAAAAUGAAAAUAUCUUACCACUUCCAAUCAAAAGGAGUAGAAGAGAUUAUGGAAAGGAACCAUUACGAGCACUAUGCUGUUAUCCUAAUCAUGUCAUGAAAACACGUUCAUCAAGGGAGAGGAAACCAAGUAAAUUCAAGGUCUCCCUGUUUGUACAGAAAUCAAGGAAGAUGGUAAAACGUGAAGCAUCAGAGGUAUAAUACAAAUAGUUUAAUAUCAUUGUUCUUAUUUUUUGAUACUUAACAUAUGUAGUUAAUAAUUAUGUCUUGUUUUCGAAUUAGUCAAUCCCCAUGUCCAUUCGUGAAGACGUGGUGGAUACUCAAUCAUUCAAUGUACUUCAAUCUCUUGUCGCUGAUUAUGUUUUCAAUAAAGCGUUGUCAAAAAGGUUUGUCGCGUCUAGAACAUUCAUAGAUGUGUUGUUACAAUUUUUGCCUUCAUAUGCUUCCAAUUUACUGAAGUUUGUUUGAACAUAUUAUUAUUUUAGUGAGCUUCUUGUUGACUUUGGUCAUGAACAUGGAGUUCGUGGAGAUUUUGCAUGCUUACGUCCUAGACAAAAUUUGAUGGAUGUUGUAAGUACCUACUUCAUUUAUAUCAAAUGCAUCCUAUAUUAGUUAAAUAAAUUUAUUGAAGUUAUUGUUCAACAACAGGUAAUAAAUUUAGAAGCCUCAAAGCUAAAUUAUUUUGAAAGACAAUUCAUAGGCAUACGAAGUAUAAGAUGCUAUC